AUGCCUGCCACCGGCAUCGCUUCGGCCAAGACAAAAUACAGCUUCACCGACGACUACAGCGAGGGAGCCCAUCCCGACGUCCUCAAUGCACUGCUGCUGAGCAACAAUACCCAAGAGGCUGGCUAUGGCCGCGACACUUACAGCGAGACGGCCCGCGACCUGAUCCGCCGCCACCUCGGCCGUGACGACGUCGGCAUCUUCUUCGUGCCCAGCGGCACUUCGGCCAACGCAAUCUCCAUCGCCGCCUGUCUUCGUCCCCACGAGGCCGUCAUUGCCUGCAGCUCUGGCCACAUUGUCACCCGAGAGACGGGAGCCGUCGAGGCCAGCGGUCACAAGAUCAUCAACGUCGCUCCCGUCAACGGCAAGAUGACGCCGGAAACCCUCACCAAGGCCCUCGACGACAACUGGCACUUCCCUCACAUGGCAAAGCCCCGUCUCGUCUACAUCUCCAACGCCACGGAGAUUGGCACCAUCUACUCCAAGGCCGAGCUGACCGCCCUGAAGCGCAUCUGUGAGGCCAAUGGGCUCUUGCUAUUCGCCGACGGUGCUCGCAUCGGCGCUGCCCUCACGUCCAGCAUCAAUGACCUGACCCUGCCGGACAUGCUCGAGCUGACCGACAUCUUCUGGAUCGGAGGCACCAAGAACGGCGCUCUGCUGGGCGAGGCCAUCGUGGUCAAGGACACCAAGCUGGCGGAGGACUUUGAGUUCUUUGUCAAGCAGCGUGGUUCUCUGCUCGCCAAGGGUCGGAUCAUGGGCGUGCAGUUUGCGGAGCUCUUCCGAGAGGACGACUGCUUGUACUUUAACCUCGCUCGACGGGCCAACCUGGCGGCUGAGAAGCUGUCUCGCUCCAUUACCGGAGCUGGAUACGAGCUCAACGCCAAGACGGAGACCAACCAGGUCUUUGCCGUGCUGCCCCUGACUCUUGUCCACGCUCUCCAGCAGGAGUUCUCAUUCUACGUAUGGGAAAAGUAUGGAGAGUUUGCAGUGGUGAGGCUACUGACUACCUGGGCUACCGACCUCUCACAGCUGGAGAGGUUCAAUCAGAUGGUGCUCAGCUGGAAGCCAGACUCGGAGCAAAAGACGCUUUGA